AUGAGCAGCAGCAGCAACGACGACGCAGGAGACGACGGAGAAGAUGUUGUGCAACAAGAGAGUAGUACUCCUGUCUUGCUGCCCGAAAAGCCGACAAAAGUGGGUGACUAUGUUGUCGCCAGUUGGGUGGCCGACAAUGGAAAUUUGGUGCGUCAAGGGGAAACCGUGGCCAUGGCGCGGCUGUGCACCGACAAGAGUAGCAGUAGCAGCAACCAAGAGACGACGGCUGCUGUCGCCGUAAAACACAAGCGUCCCAAUCGUCGCAAGCGUCCUUCUCCAGCAGCAGCUGCUGUAACCAAACCUCCAGCUGCGAACAACGAGGCGCUCAAGAGCAUCAAGCUCCCAUCAUCUUCACCAAUGUCGGAUGGCAACAACAAGAAAGAGGAAGUCAAAGAAAAGGGGGAAACAGACGUGUCAAAAAAGAAGGAAGAUUCCAAAAAGAAAGACGCGGAAUUGGUUCCUAUUUGUGCCGCUGCGACGGGCAUUUUGAGAAUUGGUGACAACGCCAAAUCAGACCCCAAAAGCCGCUGUAUUGGCACCAUUGAUCCCUGUUGGCAUCCCGCUGUAGUCGGAGGAAUGUGUGUCAUGUGUGGACAACCCCGAAAAGCGUCAGAAUCCUCCUCCUCUUCUCCACUGGACCCUGCAAAGAAUACCAACACCCGCGUCACCGUUUCGGGUGGCUUGACAUUUACCGUCUCCAAACAAGAAAGUGUGCAAAUGGGAAAACAAAAUACCGAACGACUGCGACAAUUGAAAAAACUCUCGUUGAUUUUAGAUCUCGAUGCCACAUUGCUCCACACCACCAAAGAUCCCCGUGCGACGCAUCGCAUUGGCGGACGCACGGAUGUCCGAAUUCUCCUCUUGGCCGAAGGAGAUCCACGCAAUGCAAAUAACAAAGUACAACAUUACGUCAAGUUACGACCGAACGUCAAGGAAUUCUUUCAAUCGGUCAUGGAACAGUACGAAAUUGGCAUUUAUACGGCCGGGGUCAAGGAAUAUGCCGAACAAAUUGCCAUUGUGCUGGCGCGACACAUGGUAGGGGCACAGAGGGAUCAAGGGGAAUUGGAUCACUUGAGAUUCAAAGUGGCACAGGCAGAAUACAGAUGGAAUCAACAACAAAAUAACAACAAUAACGACAACAAAAAAUCAGAGGAGACGACAGAGUCAAAGACUGACGUUGACGAACAAAAACAAUCCACAAAAUCCGAAACAAAAUCGGAGGAAGAAGAGGAAUCCUCAGAAGCAAAGAAGCGUAGCGCGCCCGAUUCCGAAGACAAGGACGAAGACGAAGAACCAGCACCAAAGAAACGCAAGGUGACGUUCUCGGCAGGAGUCAAGCCGGCGCCAAAGCCAAGCGACAACAAAAAGGGGGAUGAUGCGCCGCCACCACCCAUUACUGCCGAGGAGGUGCAAAGCUUAAAAGACGAACUGGAAGAAGCAGAGAGAUUGGAAAAAGAAGCUUGGAAGAUGCGACAGCGCAUCUUUGGGGGUCGGAUUGUGACGCGGACCGAUGUGGGGGACUUGGGACAACACGUCAAGAGUUUACGGAGAAUUGAUCCUAGUGGAGGCACCAUGGCAGCGGUCGUGGACGACAGAGAAGACGUCUGGGCCAAUGCCAAAGACAACAACAAUGACCCCAACAGCCGUUCCAGCAGCCGACCCGGCGAACCCCCGCAGAACGUGCUGUAUGUAAAACCCUACAAGUGGCAACCGUUUGAGGGGUUUGCAGAUGUCAACAAUGCGGCUGGUGUAGAUCUAGCCAAGAAGGAGUCGUCGAAAAAUGGCAAAGACGAAAAAGACGAUGUGCAGCUGAUUUGGACAGCCGACAUUUUGAACAGACUCCACAAACGGUACUACGAGCAGUCCGACGACGGAAACUUGAAACCGGUACCGGAGCUUCUUCGUGAAAUGCGCGAAAAUGUUCUCAAGGGCAAGAAGGUUGUUUUGAGUGGCAUUGUGCCAUGGAAUAAUACAGAGAGCAAGUCGAGAGGGCCGAGACAGCUUGAGAUUCGUUUCGUCGAGAGUUUGGGGGGUACACUCUUAAAAACUGUGCAGCCAGGGACAUCAUUUGUCAUUGCCACUAGGGAUGACACGGAUAAGGUUCUUACGGCCAGAAGAACUCCAGGAUGUUUGGUUGUGAAACUUUCUUGGCUUGACGAGUGCUAUCGCAGUAUCUCUUACCGCAAUCCAAUCAAGCAUUUGAUGGCUUUUGGAGGCCGAGAACGGAAUGCGGAACGCCCUCCGCCGGGCAUUGACGUGGACACGGCUAGAUCUGUAGCAGCGGCACCAGCACCAGCCAAUAGGGAUGAAGGGGGCGUGGCAAAUGAUGAGGAUGAUGACGACGAAGACUACGACGAUUUUGCUGCAGAGCUGGAAUCGGAAUUCUAA